GUCACAGCAGUCACAUAACCUUGUGUUUGUUUAUUUUUGUUUAGCUUUCUCGUGAAUUUUGGUAGUUUUUUCUCAAAAAAAACUUGUUUUGCAAAAACUAUUUGGUGAAAUUUUAGAAAUGUCUGGUUACGAUGCCCAUGAUGAUGGCCCAGGAUUUGUGGGAAUUCGUUUCUGCCAAGAAUGCAAUAAUAUGUUGUACCCCAAAGAGGAUAAAGAUAACAAGAUACUCCUCUAUGCAUGCCGCAAUUGUGACUACAAGCAAGUGGCGGAUUCCAAUUGUAUCUACGUGAACAAGAUUAUGCACGAAAUUGAUGAGCUCACACACAUCGUUCCGGACGUGAUCUCGGAUCCCACGUUGCCCCGUACAGAGGAUCAUGCUUGUCCCAAGUGCAGUCAUUCUGAAGCUGUUUUCUUUCAAGCACAGACCCGACGCGCUGAAGAAGAAAUGAGGCUGUAUUAUGUGUGCACAAAUCAAAAUUGCACCCAUCGAUGGACAGAGUAGAGAUCAGCAAUUAAAUUUCACCGCACAAUCUCUUGGUCAUUCUCGGGAUGGAAGUGAAAACAUGUCGCGAAACAAGAAAUUCAAGUUGCAAAAAUUUAUUCUUUGCCUAUUCUAUUGUUAACACGAUCAUCUUCUAAUGCAGAUCUCUAUUCUUUGGCUGAAUUCUGUAAAUCUGUUGAGAAGAGAAAUAUAAUGAGAAAUAAUGCAACUAGUA